AUGGCUGCAAAGGUAGAAUCACUGGCCAGUUCAGUCCAAGAACUGUCUAUGAACCGCAGUGGACCUCCAUCAAGAUACAUCUUGAAAGAUGGUAUUGGAUUGAAUGUUGCAUCUUCCUUUCCAGUGCUGGAUAUUUCAGUCAUUGAUCUUGGUCUGCUUGCAUCCUCUUCACCAGAGGGUGAAGAACAACUCGAUCGGCUCCGGUCUGCUCUCGGCUAUUGCGGUUACUUUCAGACAAUAAAUCAUGGAAUUGAGAGUUCAUUUCUAGACCAAGUGCAUGAUCUUACCAGAGAAUUCUUUCAUCUUCCAAUGGAAGAGAAGAAGAAAUACUCCAGAGAAGCAAAUGACAUAGAUGGAUAUGGAAAUGAUGUAAUAUAUUCAGAGAAACAGACUCUUGAUUGGAAUGACCGUUUGUAUCUCAAUACUCUCCCCGAAAAUAUCAGAAAACUCAAAAAGUGGCCCAAAAAUCCCGAAAAGUUCAGUGAAAUGCUAUGUGAGUAUACUACAAAAUUACAAGGUAUAAAUGAGAUCAUCCUCAAGGCCAUAGCAAAGUCAUUGAACUUGGAAGAGAACUGUUUUGUGAAACAAUUUGGGAAAAAGCCAACAGCUUUGGCAAGAUUUAACUUGUACCCUCCAUGCCCAACCCCUCAUCUUGUUCUUGCUGCAAAAGCACAUGGAGAUGCCUCAGGGACUACUUAUCUUCUGCAAGACAGAGAAGUGGAAGGCCUUCAAUUCCUGAAAGAUGAUAAAUGGUAUAGAGCUCCCAUUAUUCCUGAUGCCAUUGUCUUCAAUGUUGGUGAUCAACUUGAGAUAAUGACCAAUGGCAUAUACAAGAGCCCAAUGCACAGGGUUGUGACAAACAAAGAGAGAGAAAGGAUCACUGCUGCUUUUUUCUUUGCUCCUGAUCCAACAAGUGUGGUUGAACCAGCAGAGGGUUUGAUUGAUGAGAAAAGGCCAAGGCUCUACAAGAAAGUUGUGGAUUACACUGCUAAUUGUUUUGAGUUAUUCCAGAAGGGGAAGAGGCCAAUUGAUGCUUUGAGAAUUUGA